CGGAUAGAAUCAGACGAGAUGUCGCAUCAAUUGAUCCAUAAGCAUUUGCAUCAUGAUGAUUUGCUUUGUAGAACGAGGCUGCGAACCGCUCGGUUUUAAUUAUUAUGUUGCUUACAGCUGAUUGCAUGGAGAGAUGGAAGGAAAAGGAUGCCUGCUUCUGUCGUUUCUAAUUUUUCAUCAUGGCAAUACAGCAGAAGCUAGUUUAGUACACAUGGACAGAAACGCUUAUAGGCAGACAGAAGCAGAAGCAGCCUGAUCUUCACCAUGCGUCCUCUGGAGAUAAGACGUGAGGAGCCCAACAAUCUGACCGCCCACUGGGAAACAGGUACACGUGCAGAGGAGCUAAUGAGGGAAAUACUAGCAGGGCAGAAAAGAUCGGCUCGCUGGGAACGAGGAAGAGGUGACCAGGUGAAAGUGGGAGUCACGUCAAAAUAACCAGAGGAAAGAUUCAAGAUCAUCUCAGAGGUGGAUGGAGAACGAGAGGAAACCGCGAGCAAGCGGGCAGAGACUGGAAUUCGGACAGAGAUUGCUCCAGGCAGGAAAUGGCCAUGGAUCAGUCCUUUUCUCAGUUCACCAAAUGAAACCAGUUGUUUUUUUGCUGCAGAAUUGUUGAAAGGAUGAACCAAAGUUCCUGUGUGCUGGUGCAUUUCAGCAUUAAUCAGAGCUACCAUCAAAAGAAACCAAAACCUUUCUUCUGAGCUGUGGUUUUGUGAAGACGAAAACCCUCCUUCAGAGACUGUAUCUGGCUUUAUUUUUGAGAAAUAAAGGCACUUGAAUAAAGCAACUCUAAUCGAAUGCUUUUAAGGUCUGAACACAAACCAGUUUCUGGAAUGACCUCUCCAGAGGGCAAUGUUAUUCCUCACAUUCACCUAACAGCAGGAAGUCGCCAUAUACACAGUUCCCUUUCACUUUAGAGUUAUGAUCUCCAAGAUAAAGGCCAGAUCCUUUUCUCCAAAAGAAAAAUAAUCUGUGGGAUGGAGAUUGGAAUACAGACGAACAGCAUGUUUGGGAGACCAAAAUAGCAGAGGAGGAAAACCAGCGUCUGGGAAAGAAAGAGGGAGUAUGAAAUGCGCAAAGAAAGAGGACUGGACGGUUUCUGAGCCCUUUUGCCAGAUUUUCAGCAGAGCACAACAAACUUUUUCGUCACAGUUGUCCAUGGGAACCCGUCCAAAACACAUUGGAGCUGCCCCUCCUGGGAGGUCCAGUUAGCAAGAACACAAUAUUUCAUCAAGACCAAAGUAAGAGCGUAUUUUCACUCUCAACGCUGAGCUGACUACAGGGCAUUUGGAAGGAUUAUUGCUGAAAGACAAGCCACGGCCGGAAGCUGCAUCCUUGGAAAACAAAGAAUUUAUAUUCCCGACUCCUUUUCAUUGUGUGUGUGUUCCUGUAUGACAGAAGUUUACUCAUUGCCAGCCAGCAGGGAGUUAAACUCCAUCUUUCAUCUUAUCAGAGGAGUAGACUGAGCCGACUGGAAAGUGACACUCGCUUCCCCCUGCCGAGGGCUUUUGUCUCUGCUGCAGUGGAAGCGUUUUCCCGUGGACGGCGAUGGAGACGGAAAAGGGACACAUGUCGAUCAAGAGAGGGCUGAGCUGGAGUCCCGCAGGACGGCAGAAACCUUUCCAGGCGACGCAAGGCGUACACACCCCAGAGUGCAAUGCAUCAUGGGAGACAACAGGACUCAACAAAGAACAGAUGAGCCGGAAAACAAAUCUGACCCGCAGUGCCAGUCUAUCCGAGAAGGAGCUCAAGGAGGCUCGAGUCAGGAGUCAGAUCAUUGCCGCCCAGCUCACCGUCCCCUCCAACUCCAGCUCCAGAGGUGUGCAACUUUUCAAUCGUCGCAGGCAGCGAGUCAACGCUUUCACGCUCGAAAGCUGUGGCGAGGCCCCCGAGGAGCGAAGAACAGAGACCGUGAACACUGACCCCUCUGUGAAUGAACUAACAUGGGCAGAGAGGAGCAGUGAGGAAAAGGAUAGAGAUCUUAACUUACGAAACAACUCUGGCAAAACACUUUUCUCACCAUCUGUGAGGUUACCUACAGUGGGCGAUAUAAUGGAGGAACCAGGGAAAGAUUUCUACAAAGAGGAGGAUGCAGAGGACAGUGUUAUCCAAGAGAGACAUUUCCUCCCUGUCAAAGAAGAGCAGGAGGAUGAAGAAGGGCAGAAAAUCCAUGAAGACCUGGAGGGUGAGAUUCGUCCUGGAGGAAAUAAGACUGAUCCAGCCAUGAUGAAACACGAUGAAGGAGAUAAGGGGAUAAAUAGGGGUCAAGCAGAACCAGAACCUCCUGGAAAGCUUCUUAAUGGAGGCCACGGCACAUCUGGACCUGAGCCGAGGUCCGUGUCCACAUCCAAGCAAACAAGUUCUAUCCUCAACAGAACUGCCAGGCCUUUUCUGUCCCCGCUGACAGUGCAGUCUCCAGAGGCAGUCAGCCCAGUCAUGGACAUGCCCCCUCCUCCUUCUUAUGCCACUCCGCCUCUCCCUGCUUCCACUGCACCUCCACCUCCGUCCUAUCCCACUCCUCCUCUACCGGCCUUCACAUCUCAACCCCCCCAGGCCUACUAUUCCAGUCCACCUCUGAUGUCUCCUGUGAUGUCUCCUGUGAUGUCUCCUGUGAUGUCUCCUUCCUCACCCCCACCAAUGCAGUUUUCUGUCUCUUCUGUAUCUAAGUACUCCAUGCCCCAUUAUGGCCCUCCAACUGCCCCAAAGCCCUCCACCUUCUUCCCCCAGCCCGUCGGGGAGAGGAAACCAAUAACACCCAUCAAAACGGGAAUACUCGAGGAGGGAGCUGCCAGGAGAGCAAAUAAGAAGUCAAUGUUCACGUUCAAAGAGAAGCCAGUGAUCGCACCAAACCCUGAGCUGCUCUCUCUGGUGCAAGGGUUGGAUGAACGCAAGAAGACUGGACUUACAUCUGUGCCCGAGCCAACUUCUGAGGAAAAGCUGAUGGCUCUGGGAGCAGAGGCCUCUAACUUCCUUGCCUCAGAAGAAGAGAGGGCGGAGGAAGCUAGAGCCCCAGAGUGGGCCUCAUGCCUCAAGAGCUCCAGGACCCAACCAAGGCCACAGCACAGACCAGAGCAGACCCUCACCAAUGUGUCAGGAAAGGGGGCGGAACUAUUUGCCAAGCGCCAAUCCAGGAUGGAGAAAUACACCACCGAGAAUCAAAAUGCAAGACAAAUGAGGUCCCCCUCUCCUACAAUGUCAUUGCCACCAUCUUGGGUUUACCCAUCAAACAUGCCCGGCAGAGUUAAGACCAUUGUUAAAAACUCAGACAUAAGUGCUCAGCUAUCACAGAAUCUAAGGGCCCAGCAAGCAGCCAAGCAAAAACCAAAGCAAAAAGCUCCCGCACCAGAACCAGUUCCAGAACCACCUGCUUUAGAAAACGGAUGCUCCAAGAUAGAGAUGGACUUGGCAAGGCAUCAGCCCUACCAGCUGAAUGCGUCCCUCUUUGUCCUGAACCCAGUCAGGGACCCUAUCAGCACUCUGCCCAGAAGGGCACCACAUGCUAAGAACCAAAAUUCCAAUCCAACUUACUUCAGACAGACUUCGCUAUCUAACAACCCUCCCUCUCAGUUCUCUGCCCAGUGCGAGUCACCACAGCUGCCUCUUAGACCACCAGGAAGAGCAGAGUAUCCAUCGAAUCAAGCACCUGGGCCGAGGAUCGGUUCUUCUAUGUCUGCUUUUUCCCCAGAGCGAGUGUCCUCUCCUCGGUCGGGAGUUCAGGCACCAAGACCCACAUUUUCUGCCAAGAAGGCGGGGAUUGCACCACAGCAGAUACCAAAGGACUCAGCUGAAGCCUCCAGCGAGACUCCCACACCAACUAGGACACCCAACCUCACCAGAUGCUUUAGCAGCCCAGAGGGUUCCACUGGAACAUGGGCAGCUAAGCUCCAAACUACCCAGUCACCCACCACCACCUCUAGCUCCAAUCAUUACUUUCCCAAAGAUACAAGAUGCCUGUCCCCCAUGGCCAGUCACAAUAUCCAGCUGUCUAAUACAAAGGUCACUUCCACACCCUUGCAAACAACAAGCACGUCUCUGUGCUCGUCUCCGUGGGUUCAAAGAUGUCAGUCCCCAGUGGUGACCCAGAAUUCAAGCGUCUCCUCCUUCACACCUUUUAGACCUUCCCAAGCUUCUUCAACUACUCCCCUUUCUCCCCCCUGGGGUUCAAGAUGCCAGUCUCCAUUGGUUAGCCAGAACAACCAGAACUGGAGCGCCGUCUCCACUUCCACAUCCAGACCUUCUCAAACGUCUUUGCACUCUUCUCCAUGGGGAUCAAGAUGUCAGUCCCCUACAGUGAAUCCAAUCACCCAGUCUCCAGCCAUUUCCCCUCAUCCUGCAAAAACUUCUCCGCCUUGGGGACCAAGAUGCCAGCAGAGCCAAACCCCCAGUGCCUCCAUUUCCGCAUCCAGACCCUUCCAGACAGCUUCUGCUACGUCUCCAGUUUCUCCUCAUUGGGGGUCACGGUCUCAGUCUCCUGCCUUUUCCCACACUAGUUUAUCCUUCCCUGUCACUAAACCUCUGUACACCUCCUCUGCCACCUCUCCUGUUCCUCCUGUCAGAGACAGCUGCUGCAUAUCCCCCAUUGUCAGUAACACAGACACUAAAGCCAACCAUCGCCUUUUGGCAAAGAACAUUAUCAAUGCAGCUAAACGCAAGAACAGCCCCUCUCCUGGUGCACUGAGCAGUCACAGCCUUCCCAUCUCACCACUCGGUAAUUCCCACCACGACUGUCACAAACCCCCCAUGAGCCCUUUACAGUCUCGAGCCUUAGGGGCACAGUCUCCUACCUUCACUAGCCCUCCACCUACCCCACCUCAGAGGAUCUGCUCCCCCGUGAGGCUCUACAACACUCGCUCCCUCACUGACUCUGAUGCCUCUGUUGAAUCUGAAGACUCUGGCCUUCGAUCGCCUGGCAUGCUCUCCUAUAACACAUGUCCUCGAGGCUGGGGUGGCAGCCUGAGGGUAAAGAGAAGCAACGUCUCCACAGAUUUGUGAAGGUGUUAAUGAAUUUUUGUAGACAAUUGUGGCAUUAGAUUUACCAGUUACUCUAAUAUGAGGCAGUCUUUUAACCGAACGUUACCUUUUGAUGGGUAAUCCUGGACCAUGGUAAAUGUUAUAUCAAGUAUUACUAUUUUUACUGUAUGACUUACAUAACUCAGACUGAAAAGAACACGAUCUUUAUGACUGCUGGAACGAGAAAAGGCUGAUUUUCAAAGAUAUUUUUGUUUCCGACUGUAAGUGGAUAGAGACUGGAUGAGGUUUUCAGAGUGCAAAUCUGUUCAUAUUCGCAAGGCAGGAAGGACAUUUAAAAACAUUCAUAUACUAUACAUUCCUUAAACUGGGACCAUAGGUUGCAAAUUGAACAUUUGUAAAGCAGACAUGUAGACCUGACGCAGGUGAUACAUAUGCUACAUAUACUUACAGUACACAUUGAGUCCAUUCUUCUUCUUCCAUAAAUCAUUUGAAUAAUUAUGACAGUGCAAUAAUCAUUUACAUAUAUUCAUUGCUGUAUGCAUUGUAUUUGCUUAACUGAAUGUGAGAUUUCGGGCAUAUUGACAAAGAAUGACAGCUAAAAGGAUCAUAAAGAGGUAUGUGCAAACACUGAUUCUAACGUUCAGGAGAAAAAUAUUUAAGCAGACAAAUGAGCAAAUAUAAUCAACUUGAGCAGCACUAAUAGAGCAAUGAUUGCAAGAUUCAUACUGAAGAUUAAUGAGUGUCUGUGGUCAUUUUAUUAUUGGUCUGAUAUAGUGAUUUUUCAUGAUAUGCCAUAGUAUGUGUCUGUGCUUAGUGUACGAAGGACCUAUUGGGUGAAGCUUAGAGACAAAUGUGUACUCAAGCAAGAUGCUGGGGAAUGGAAAAGAAAAGUCAGAGGAAUGUUGUGAAGUAUUGAUCGGGUUGAAAGAGGAAAGGGAUCAGAGGAUAAACGUAAAACAUAUGAAAGUCUUGGAUUUCUGAAGAUUCUGCUGACUUGCACAUCAGUUUAUUCCAUUUCAGAUGCUAAAAAGUUCAUGAUUUGCUUAUGUUGUGUAACCAGCCAAAGGACUUAAUUCCAAUGACAAAAUGUGAAAUGUUCCUGCUCAGUGCAACCUGAAGUUUUAGUCUGCGAUUCAUAGUAACGAUUAGCUAGGAACCACCAUCUUUGUUCCAGUGCUGUAUGAAGACCUUUCCACGCGACUCAGACCUUUCCCAAUCCUGCCCUCUCGCACACAACACAUCGUCCCUUCACUCCGUGACAUGCAGGCCAAAGGCAUCAGCACAUUUCUAAAUAUUUGCUCCUGUGUGUCUCCUGAGUGACAGGGACACCUGCUACACAGUGACCUGGCUCAGUCCUGAAGCCUAUCCUUGUCAUGGAUUGGUUUCAACCUGGGUCGUCUAAUGGACAAACUAAACACUGCUGACACGAAACACAGGGAAGACUCAUUGCAUGUUACUAUUUUUUAAACAGAUUUUGAGCUAUUUCUGCAAAUGAUGUUGCUUUUCUUGCAUUUCAUAUGUGUUUCAAAAUUGUUGCAAAAUAAAGAACAAUGAAACUCAAAAA